GUGACGUCACGCAGCUUCAUUCUGUCGUGAUGUUGUUCGGCUCCGCGGAUGAGCGCAGAUCAGCGUGAUUACAGCGACGAGAAAGCGACUAAAUCAACGGAAUCCGAGAUCUGUGACAACAACAUUUACUAUGGAGUUAAAGAAAGCCAUUUCUGAAAGCGAAGCGACGAUGAAAACAUACGGCGCGCUGCAGGAGACAAACCGGAGCAGAGACAAAGGCCAGAUGGACGUGUCCAUGGCUGAAAGCUCCAUGUCUGCAGACGAGAUGGAGGCAGAAAUGGCUCGGAUUCAGCGUCUGCGGGAGGUGCUGGUGAGACGCGAAUCUGAGUUGCGCUUCAUGAUGGACGAUAUUCAGCUCUGCAAAGAUAUUAUGAAACUGAAGCAGGAGCUGAGGAAGAUAGUGGCAGUGCCAGACGCAGAGAAGACUAAGAAACAUCGUCAGAGAGAAGAGAAAUUAAUCCAGGAGAUUCAUCAGCUGGUGCAGAAGAGAGAUUUUCUGGUGGAUGAUGCCGAGGUCGAGCGUCUGAGGGAGCAGGAGGAAGAUAAAGAGAUGGCCGAGUUCCUCCGACAGAAGCUCAGCGUCAUACAGAGAGCUCCGAAGCCCAGAACGACUGAACCUCCAGCCAACAAACCCUCCAUCAGCAAGAGCAGUGCGGCCCUCAUUAAGGACUGCUGCGGAGCCACUCAGUGCGUCCUCAUGUGAAGAUCACGAGAUUCCCCAAAGCAAAUCAUACCUGAAUUUGAUGAAUAUAAGUUUGUUGACUGAGCAUUAGAAAGACGUUCAGCUCCUCUGUGAUUCUGCAGCAUGUCAGUGACUCCAGGGGGCCGCUCAGGAGCCCAAAACAUCCACACAAAAUACAAAACCCAGCUCAGAGAGAAGUAUUCGUUUAUUCUUCACCCUAAUGAUAAGAGUCACGAAGAAUGGUUCACAAGCACAAGAGAAUCACCAUCAAACAGAAACCUUAAAUAACACUGAUAUGAGUUUUUAAAAACACAUGCAUCUUAAUCCAGUCAGUGUGUAUUAGAUUCAUCUGACAGUUUACAGAUACUUCAUCUUAGACAUUAGAAAACAUAUUCCCCAUAAAGUGAUUCUGACAUUUGGGGGUUUUGUUCCCCUGUUUCUUAAAAUAAGAACAUGUUCAUGAAUACAGAAGUGGAUCAACACAACCAUGAACAGUUAUAAAUGUGCAGAAACAUAAAAACUAUGUUUGAAGUUUUAGCAUUUCUUUGCCUUUUGAAAUGUGGUGGUAUUUAAACAGGCCUGAUAAUCAGAAAUUAGACAAACUGAAUCUAAUGAAGCAGGACAUCAGCUCGUGAAUAUUCUGCAAAUAAAGUAUCUUCCUGCAGUCUGUCGCUCCUUUAUUUGGUUUUGAAAACUGCUGUUCUGAUAUUCAAGCUUUGUUCACAGCGAUUAGUUUUCCAACACAGAUGCAUCACUUAUACAGUGCUGUGGAAAGGGGUUUGAUUUUCUGCAUCUUUGCCUUUUUUUACACACUGAAUCAGUUCUUCAGCCAAACUCAUGAAUGCACAAAGAGACAAAACAUGCACAUCAAUAAAUAACUUUCUUUGGAAACACUU